AUGGCCUCCACUUACGACACCUUCUCUUUGCUGGUUUUUCUUUUCCUGGCAUGUGUCUUCCUCAAUACUAGUCCCUCCCAUGCUUACAACCCAUUCAGAGGAGUAAAUGUCGACAUGAAGAGGGUAUGCGAUGGCACAAUCAAUCCUCGUAACUGCUGGGAACGUUUGAGACCCGGCUAUGGUACUCCAGGUUCCCUGGGAGAUGCUUAUAGUCUUGCCGAUAAUUAUAUUGCCAUGGCACGCAGGAGCGCUAACGAUAUUCACGACUUGCUCGGUAAUUUAGUUGAAAGCACAAAUGAUCAUCCACAAAGACAACUUUACAGGGACUGUGCCGGAAGAUAUAACCAGGCCAUCCGUGACCUCGACCGCGCCACCAAACACUUGCAAUCCGGUGGCUACCGACGUGUAGCUGCAGAUGCAAGCCAAGCCCCGAACGAAGUCCGUGAUUGUAAUGCUCAAGUUUCGGGAUAUUCAUUUGGCGGCCCUGGUCCCUUUCGACGUCCCUAUGACCCUCGCUUUCCAGGAUAUACUCCACUUGACUCAUCAAGACUCCCAGAAAUGAUUCAGGAUUUUGAACUUUACUGUAACAUUGUCAACAAUGUCGCAACUUAUUUGCCUAGGAACUAA